UGGUUGAGUGGCAGCCGGGCUCAAGACCCUCCAGAAGUUCCUGCACGGUGGCCUUAUGUCGCGCAGCGGAGCGGGUUCUGAGCAGCGCCAGCAGGCGUCAGAGGCGGACGCUACCGCCACGACCUUCCUUGCAAGCGAGCAUCAGCAUAUCCGCUACAACCCGCUACAGGAUGAGUGGGUGCUGGUGUCAGCUCACCGCAUGAAGCGGCCCUGGCAGGGGCAAGUUGAGCCUUCCCUUCUGAAGACAGUCCCCCGUCACGACCCCCACAACCCUCUGUGUCCUGGGGCCACACGAGCCAAUGGGGAGGUGAAUCCCAACUAUGACGGCACUUUCCUGUUUGACAACGACUUCCCAGCUCUGCAGCCUGAUGCCCCCAAUCCAGGACCCAGUGAUCACCCUCUUUUCCAAGCAGAGGCUGCUCAAGGUGUUUGUAAGGUCUUGUGCUUCCACCCCUGGUCGGAUGUGACACUGCCACUCAUGUCAGUCUCUGAGAUCCGUGCUGUCAUCGACGUGUGGGCCUCAGUCAUAGAGGAGCUGGGUGCCCGUUACCCUUGGGUACAGAUUUUUGAAAACAAAGGAGCCAUGAUGGGCUGUUCCAACCCCCACCCUCACUGCCAGGUGUGGGCCAGCAGUUUCCUGCCAAAUAUUGCCCAGCGUGAGGAGCAGUCUCAGCGGGCCUAUCAAAGUCAGCAUGGAGAGCCUCUGUUAAUGGAGUAUGGCCGCCAGGAGCUGCUCAGGAAGGAACGUCUGGUUCUAACCAGUGAGCACUGGUUAGUGCUGGUCCCCUUCUGGGCAGUGUGGCCUUUCCAAACACUGCUGUUGCCCCGCCGGCAUGUGCGACGGAUGCCUGAGCUGACCCUCGCUGAGCGUGAUGAUCUAGCCUUGAUCAUGAAGAAGCUCUUGACUAAGUACGACAACCUAUUUGAGACAUCCUUUCCCUACACCAUGGGCUGGCACGGGGCUCCCACAGGAUCAGAGGCUGGAGCCAACUGGGACCACUGGCAGCUGCAUGCUCAUUACUACCCUCCACUCCUGCGCUCUGCCACUGUUCGGAAAUUCAUGGUUGGCUACGAAAUGCUUGCCCAGGCUCAGAGAGACCUCACCCCUGAGCAGGCUGCGGAGAGACUAAGAGCACUUCCUGAGGUUCAUUACUGCCUGACACAGAAGGAUAGGGAGACAGCAGCUAUCGCCUGACCAUGCUGACCUCAGGGACUUCUGCCUGAGAGAACCAGGGGUUAGGGUUUGGGCAGAAAUGGGAUCAAUAAAUCCAUGCUUCUCAAACUUUAAUCACAUAUUCUAAUGCUAGAGGAGUAUGAAUUCUAACCCUCGAGAGUCUGGGGUUAAAGGCGGAAGGCAUAGCUCCAGCCACAACUUUUCUUUGCCUACAGAUGUGCAAAUACUUAAGGAUAAAAAUAUUCCUCUCUAAAUCUCUGAACAAAAUUAAUACUCAGUGUUAUGUCUUGUCUCUUACUCCUGGGGUAACAGAAGCAUCCCAAUUUAAGAAAAUGGUUAAAAAUCCUGUGUACUUGUCUGUGGCUGAGGCUUUGGAGAAUACCAGAGGCCCCUUCACCACCACCCCUAGGGUGUCAGCUCACCAAUCCUGGGCCUGAAGUUUUGGUGGGGAGCGGGUGAACAGGAUCCUGGUCCCAGUGGUCAGUGGCUAGACCGUGGGCUGCAGGCCAGAACCCUGGCUUUGUGAGUGGCUACAGCUUGGCUCUGCUCCAGCCCACAGGGGCUGAAGGGGCGGGUAGGGAACUUGUACAUGGCUUUGUGAGUCUCCAGACUCCCAUGUGCAGCCUAUAUGUGCAGAUUCCACACAUCUCUGUUGCCUCUGUGCCUCAGUCAUUGCACAGGGCCAAAAACGGCUCUGGCAGAAAAGGGCCUGCCAGUGUUAGGAG